AUGAGUUAACAUAAUAGCAGAAUAGAUCAUCAUUUUCUCUCACAAUAAUAUGGUACCAUUUUAAACUUUACAAUCUAGAAUCAUUCAAUUAAUUCAAUAAAGAAAAUAUAUUUAAUGAAGUCAAUAAGAUGAUCGAAUUGUAUAAAAGUCAUAAUGAGCUAAAAAGUAAUUUUUACAAAUAUCCUCAUUAGAAUGGAAAUAACAACCAUAUCUAUCCCCUUAGAAAUUAAUCUAUUCAUUACUGACUAAAACUAACACGAAAAAUAAAAAUAAAGUUAGUCUAUCUUAAAAUAUUGGUCAUAAGAAGUUAACUCAUUCCCCUAUUUCAAUUAAAUAGAAAUCAUUGCCAUAAUAAUCAUUACAAUGUUCAUUUCAUUAACAAAAAAAAGUACUCAUUAAUAUAAAUAAAGGCUUAAUUUUUUGAUAAUAAUUAAAGAAAUCAAAAUAAAAUAUAUUGUUAAGAAUUUUCAAUCCUGAAUAAUAAGAACAAUUAAAAACUUAAUAUUAUUCAUCAUAAAAAUUCACUAACAGAAAAUCUAUCUGUUAAUUAACCAAGUUAUAAGUCAUUAAGUGAAGAUACUUUUGAUUUUGAUGAAAAUACUGAAAACACUUAUAAACAAUAAUAAUUAACAAAUUUUUAAUAAGCCAUCAAAUCUUUAUUGAACGAAUGCAAUAAUUUAGUCUAAAUAUCUUAAAGUAAUGAUUAUGAAAUUAAGUACAAUAAUUUACAGUACGAAUUGGAAUAGAUGUUAACUUCAAUCCAUAAAAAAUCAUAAAAAUUGAUUAAUUAAUUAUAAUCUAAUGAUAAGAUUUAAAAACUUUAAGAUAUUGAGGAAGAAUUAAAUUCAAUCUAAGUGGAUAUAACUUAGAAUGAAUAAAAUAUUUUAAAUAAUAUGAAGAUUAAGCCUUUUAAGUAUUUAUAAUCAAAUAUCAAUUAGGUAUAUCAUGAGUAAAUACAAAGAUAAAUUAUAGGGUUAUUUUUAAAUUGUUAAAAACAAUGAAUUAAAUUAGUAAAAACAAUUUAUAGAUGAGAGAUUAAAAUAAUUAACCAAAAUUAAAACUAUACUUAAUAAUUAUUUCAAUCGUUAAAACAAGUUAGAUUCAAUAUCCUAAUCUUAACAAUUAAGUUCUCGAAGAAAAAUUAAAAAUAAUGGUAAUGUUUAUAUUUCAUUUGAAAACAAAGAAAUGUUUUAAAUAGCUGCUUAAAGUGAAUAAGGAUAUUUGUUGGAGUCUCCAAAUUUUAUACAAAAUUGA